GUCUCCACACCUCUCUCAGUAGUUACUCCCUUUUUCUUUUUUCUUGGGUCAAAACUUUUGAGGUGGGCUGGCUGUCUAGCAGCAGACGAGAGAGAAGGUAGACUGGCACACGGGCGGAGGCGCUUCAGCACCUCGGCCAGCGCCCACAGCAGCCCAACCCACCCUCUGAGCUCCGGACUCCUAGCUCUGAGAAUGCCUGCGGAAUGAUCGCCCCCCAGGGCGGCUGCCUCUGCUGCCGUUACUGCUACUGCCGCUGCCACCGCCUCUGCCUCCACUCUGCUCUGACUGGCAGGCAGAAAGUGCAACUGACGAGGGAAAGGUCUCUGCAGUGAGAACGGAGCGGCUACAUAAAAGAGAGUAGAGAGGGGACGAAAACCCAGAUCAGAAUGCAGGCGACGUCCAACCUUCUCAAUCUCCUGCUGCUGUCUUUGCUGGCUGGAUUAGACCCUUCCAAGACUCAGAUUAGUCCCAAAGAGGGGUGGCAAGUGUACAGCUCUGCACAGGACCCUGACGGGCGGUGCAUCUGCACAGUGGUUGCUCCGGAACAAAACCUGUGCUCCAGGGAUGCCAAGAGCAGGCAACUUCGUCAGCUGCUGGAAAAGGUUCAGAACAUGUCCCAGUCUAUCGAAGUCCUAAACUUGAGAACUCAGAGAGAUUUCCAGUAUGUGUUAAAGAUGGAAACGCAAAUGAAAGGGCUGAAGGCCAAGUUUCGGCAGAUUGAAGAUGACCGGAAGACGCUAAUGACCAAGCAUUUCCAAGAGUUGAAGGAAAAGAUGGAUGAGCUCCUGCCUUUGAUUCCUGUGCUGGAGCAGUACAAAACAGAUGCCAAGCUGAUCACGCAGUUCAAGGAGGAGAUACGCAACCUGUCUGCCGUUCUCACUGGGAUUCAGGAGGAGAUUGGCACCUAUGACUACGAGGAGCUACAUCAAAGGGUGCUCAGCCUGGAAACCAGACUCCGGGACUGCAUGAAGAAGCUAACGUGUGGCAAGCUGAUGAAAAUCACUGGCCCAAUUACAGUCAAGACGUCUGGAACCCGAUUCGGUGCUUGGAUGACAGAUCCUUUAGCAUCUGAAAAGAAUAACAGAGUCUGGUAUAUGGACAGCUACACUAACAAUAAAAUUGUCCGCGAAUACAAGUCCAUCGCAGACUUUGUCAGUGGGGCUGAAUCACGGACAUACAACCUCCCUUUCAAGUGGGCAGGAACUAACCACGUGGUCUACAAUGGCUCCCUGUAUUUUAACAAGUAUCAGAGCAAUAUCAUCAUCAAAUACAGCUUUGACGUGGGGAGAGUGCUCGCCCAGCGCAGCUUGGAGUACGCCGGCUUUCACAAUGUUUACCCGUACACAUGGGGUGGAUUCUCUGACAUCGAUUUAAUGGCUGAUGAAAUCGGACUGUGGGCUGUGUAUGCAACCAACCAGAACGCAGGCAAUAUUGUGAUCAGCCAGCUUAACCAAGACACCUUGGAGGUGAUGAAGAGCUGGAGCACUGGCUACCCCAAGAGGAGUGCUGGGGAGUCCUUCAUGAUCUGUGGGACACUGUACGUCACCAACUCCCACUUAACUGGAGCCAAGGUGUAUUAUUCCUAUUCCACCAAAACGUCCACGUACGAGUACACAGAUAUUCCCUUCCACAACCAGUACUUUCACAUAUCCAUGCUCGACUACAAUGCGAGGGAUAGAGCUCUGUACGCCUGGAACAACGGCCACCAGGUCCUUUUCAAUGUCACUCUUUUCCACAUCAUUAAGACUGAGGAUGACACAUAGGCAAAAGGGACUUAUUUUUAUUCACUCAAACACUACCAGGUGUGAUAAGAUCUAUAGGACCCUUUCUUUCUGGUUUUUGGUUAUUGUAACUUUUCAUCGUUUCUCCAAAGCAAAGCAUUUUUAAAUUGUAAAUUCUGCGUUUCAAAAGACAGCCUAGUCUAAGUGAGUGUGUUAGCAGCACAUCUUAACUCCUAAAAUUACAAGAACUGUCAUGUCCCUGUCAUAAAAACAAUGCUAAAAAGAGUUUAAGUGGCUAAAGUCAUAGCUGUGCAAAAGAUUAAUGAUCUGCCUUAUAUUAGAGUGAGAGACUAAUGGUGGCUUAACUGCAUGAAUGUCUUUUUUUAAAUUCUGUCAUUUUUUACUGUCUUUUGCUCCACAUCAGGAAAUAUUUUGGUAGGAAUUAGAGUUUAAAAAAAAAAAUAGAAGCACUUUCUUCCCAUUUAUUUCUAAAAAAGAUUUAGGGAUUUUAUUUGUAUGGAAAAAGCAUAUUAAUCACUUUGCUGUUAACACGAUUCUCUGAUGCGGUGCUGUACACUCAUUUUCAAAUCUCUUGCUAACAUUUUCUUGCAAUAUGUAUUUUUACCAUUGUAACCACCAUUGUGCAAUUGUAUUUCUUCACUUCUGUGAAAGUAAUAUUUUUUAUAAAAUACACUGAAACUUAAUCUCAGUAAUUAUUUGAAUCAACUUUCAAGUAUUAUCCAGAAGGAUCUUCCUGACUCAGCCCUUUACAUGAGCAUUUUCUUUUUUGUAAACUAAAAAGAAAAUCAAACUAGAUAUCUUACAUUGAGUCUUUAUUUUCUGCCAAGUUUAUUUGAAUAUUGGCAUUGGAUGGAAAAACUCAUUCAGUGCAACCAAGCUACUCUGUCCAUUGAAAGCAACCCUGUAGUUACUGGAAACACACAGUUGAGUAGAAAAUUUCUGAGUUGACUCUACUCACUUAUUAAACACGAACCACUUUUUAUUCUUCAUGAAUAAACACUGCAGUAUUUGAACUCCUAUUUUACAUGCAACUUGCUGUAGUGUAGUUCUGUGUAUUAUAAUUCUAAAAAGCCCAAAAAGCACAUGAAAAUUCUUAAAAAUGAAAACUUCGAUAAUAUCCUCUAGAUGUAGAUCUUGCACUCCAGACAUAUUAGCAAGACUUCUAUAAAAAUCAAAUGUAUAGGUAAUCAAUUCAGAAAUGACAUAGGAAGGAAAGUCCUUUUUACUCUGAUUUGCUGUAUGACAGAAAUAACAGAACUAUAAAGGAAAGCUUUAAUAAUAUGCUAUGUUACUAAUUCCACAACAUAUCAAACAUGUCCUUGAGUUUGAAUACAUUUUCUAUAUACUUUUAAGAUUUCCCUACGGCAGCUUUAUAGAAACUAAUAGGAAAUAAUUUUAAAUUUUAAAAAUAUAGGCUAUAACACAUAGUAUAUAACUUAAAUUGUAAAUGUCUAGUUCCACACAUAUAAAAUACCAAAAUUUUCUUUGAAAAAUAAGGCCAUAAUUCAGAUAAAUCAUUGUAUGAAGAAAUGCUAAUAUUUAAGGAUAUUUCAUUGUAAAUGUAGCAGGUAAAACAUCAUUUUCAAAUAUUUCAUUGUCAAAAUUGUAGGAGUCCAUGCCCCAGUCUUGAAAGUGUUAAAGUUUAAUAAAGAUUUGUGGGGUUUUUUUCUACAAAAAAUUUGCAUGAUUUGAUGACCACUCUAGACAUUUUUGCAAUGUUGUUUUCUCCUCUGAAACAUUUCCAUAAGCUCCCUACUGCUAUAGAGAGGUAGAAGGUUUAGGACAUUUAUGUGUCAUAGUACACAUACCACAAAAAUAAUCAGUCAAUGAUUUGUAUGUAAGUUUAUACGAGAAAAGAAAGAAACAUUAAUUUCAGAAAUAAAUGGAACUUUUCAAUAGAUGGCAUCUAAUCGCUUCUUUUUACUUAUUUUUUUAAAAAAUAAUGUUAUGUAGUAUCACAUACAUUCAAAAUAUGGAUGAUUACAGCUCAUUUGUGAAGUAUGCAGUUUGUAAAGCACCUUAUUGUGUUCUGUGUAAGGUUCUAUCACCAUAUCCAAUUUCCAAUGUAUGUGCUGCUGGAACAGAUGCUAUUAUUGUCACUAGAAGUGGGAGUAACAUCAAUUUUCAAAAUGUGACAUAUUAAACAUAUGCAGCUUAAGAGUAUUUUUCUUAAUAAAUUAUUAUUAGUUCUGUGCCUGAAAUAAAUAAGAAUUUACUUUCAUCAGUUUUUUUAAACCUCCAACAAAUAAAAUAAAUUUUAUGAGAGAAGUAAUGACUAUUUUUAAAUCAUCCAGAUAAUCCUACUCAGAAAGUUUUAAUCUUAAGUGAACUGUGUAAUUGGUAUUUUCAGAAUUCACCAAUCAUUAACAAUUUCUGUGUCAUCCAAAUAAUAAUAUGUUUAUGGUC